AUGGCAUCCAUGGCUGCUAUAGGUUCUCUGAAUGUGCCAUUUUCUGCUUCUUCCUCCUCCUCCUCUUCCAAUGGAGGAAGGAAAAGUGUCCUACGCGGCCUCUCAUUCUCUGCAUCGCAACUCUGUGGAGACAAGAUUUCCACAGAUUCAGUUUCAGUUGCACCCAAAAGAGUUCGUAAUCCAGUGAUUGUUUCUCCUAAGGCGGUUUCUGAUUCCCAAAACUCCCAGACGUGUCUUGAUCCCGAUGCUAGCAGAAGUGUGCUUGGCAUUAUACUUGGAGGUGGAGCUGGGACUCGUCUUUAUCCACUGACCAAGAAGAGGGCAAAGCCUGCUGUUCCUCUUGGAGCUAACUAUAGGCUGAUUGAUAUCCCUGUUAGCAACUGCUUAAAUAGCAAUGUGUCCAAGAUCUAUGUUCUCACUCAAUUCAAUUCUGCAUCCCUGAAUCGGCACCUUUCCCGUGCUUAUGCAAGCAACAUGGGAGGCUACAAAAAUGAGGGUUUUGUCGAGGUUCUUGCGGCUCAGCAGAGUCCUGAGAAUCCUAAUUGGUUCCAGGGUACUGCAGAUGCUGUGAGACAGUAUUUGUGGCUUUUUGAAGAGCACAAUGUUUUGGAGUUCUUGGUUCUGGCCGGUGAUCAUUUGUAUCGAAUGGAUUACGAGAAAUUUAUCCAAGCACAUAGAGAGAGUGAUGCUGAUAUCACUGUGGCUGCAUUGCCAAUGGAUGAAAAGCGUGCCACUGCAUUUGGUCUGAUGAAGAUCAAUGAAGAGGGGCGAAUAAUUGAAUUUUCGGAAAAGCCCAAAGGAGAACAGUUGAAAGCUAUGAAGGUUGAUACUACUAUUUUGGGUCUUGAUGACGAGAGAGCGAAGGAAAUGCCUUACAUUGCUAGCAUGGGUAUAUAUGUUGUUAGCAAAAAUGUGAUGUUAGACCUGCUCCGUGAGAAGUUUCCUGGUGCAAAUGACUUCGGAAGUGAAGUCAUUCCUGGUGCAACUUCCAUUGGAUUAAGAGUGCAAGCCUACUUGUUUGAUGGCUACUGGGAAGACAUUGGUACAAUUGAGGCUUUCUAUAAUGCAAAUCUGGGAAUCACCAAAAAGCCUAUCCCUGAUUUCAGCUUCUAUGAUCGAUCGUCUCCAAUCUACACCCAACCACGAUAUUUGCCUCCAUCUAAGAUGCUUGAUGCUGAUGUCACUGAUAGUGUUAUCGGCGAAGGAUGUGUGAUUAAGAACUGCAAAAUUCACCAUUCUGUGGUUGGGCUGCGAUCUUGCAUAUCAGAGGGUGCAAUUAUUGAAGACACAUUAUUAAUGGGGGCAGAUUAUUAUGAGACUGAAGCUGAUAAGAGGUUUUUGGCUGCUAAAGGCAGUGUUCCAAUUGGUAUUGGCCGGAACUCUCAUAUCAAAAGGGCAAUUAUCGACAAGAAUGCUCGAAUUGGGGAAAAUGUGAAGAUUAUUAACAGUGACAAUGUUCAAGAAGCUGCAAGGGAAACAGAUGGGUAUUUCAUAAAAAGUGGGAUAGUGACAGUAAUCAAGGAUGCUUUAAUUCCUAGUGGAACUGUGAUCUAA